AUGUUGAGAACUACUCGUCCAUCCGUUAAGAAAAGCGUUGCUUCUUUAGUUCGUAACUAUUCUCAUAAAGAAUUAAAAUUUGGUGUUGAAGGUAGAGCCGCUUUGUUAAAAGGUGUUAAUACUUUAGCUGAUGCUGUUUCCGUUACUUUAGGACCAAAAGGUAGAAAUGUUUUAAUUGAACAAGCCUUUGGUUCUCCAAAAAUCACCAAGGAUGGUGUUACCGUUGCUAAAUCAAUUAAUUUAGAAGAUAAAUUUGAAGAUAUGGGAGCUAAAUUAUUACAAGAAGUUGCUUCUAAAACUAAUGAAUCUGCCGGUGAUGGUACUACUUCUGCCACUGUUUUAGGUAGAUCUAUUUUCACUGAAUCCGUUAAAAACGUUGCCGCCGGUUGUAAUCCAAUGGAUUUAAGAAGAGGUUCUCAAGCCGCCGUGGAAGCCGUUGUUAAAUUUUUACAAGAAAAUAAGAAAGAAAUUAGUACUUCUGAAGAAAUUUCUCAAGUUGCUACCAUUUCUGCCAAUGGUGAUCACCACAUUGGGGACUUAUUAGCUUCUGCUAUGGAAAAAGUUGGUAAAGAAGGGGUUAUUACCGUUAAAGAAGGUAGAACUUUAGAAGAUGAAUUGGAAGUUACCGAAGGUAUGAAAUUCGACCGUGGUUUCAUUUCUCCUUAUUUCAUCACCAACACUAAAUCUGGUAAAGUUGAAUUUGAAAAUCCUUUAUUAUUAUUAUCUGAAAAGAAAAUUUCCUCAAUUCAAGAUAUUUUACCUUCUUUAGAAUUAGCUAGCCAAACUAGAAGACCGUUAUUGAUUUUAGCUGAAGAUAUCGAUGGUGAAGCUUUAGCUGCUUGUAUCUUGAAUAAAUUGAGAGGUCAAGUUAAAGUUUGUGCGGUUAAAGCCCCAGGUUUUGGUGAUAACAGAAAAAAUACUUUAGGUGAUAUUGCCAUCUUAACCGGUGGUACUGUUUUCACCGAAGAAUUAGAUUUAAAACCAGAAAAUGUUACCAUUGACUUAUUAGGUUCUUGUGGUUCAAUCACCGUUACCAAAGAAGAUACCGUUGUCUUAAAUGGUGAAGGUUCCAGAGAUAACAUUCAAGCUAGAUGCGAUCAAAUUAAAACCGCCAUUGAAGAUCCUCAAACUUCUGAAUACGAAAGAGAAAAAAUUCAAGAAAGAUUAGCUAAAUUAUCUGGUGGUGUUGCCGUCAUUAAAGUUGGUGGUACUUCUGAAGUUGAAGUUGGUGAAAAGAAAGAUAGAUAUGAUGAUGCUUUGAAUGCUACUAGAGCUGCCGUUCAAGAAGGUAUCUUACCAGGUGGUGGUACUGCUUUAAUUAAAGCUUCUAAAGUCUUGGAUGAAGUUAAAGCUAAUGCUGCUAACUUUGAUCAAAAAUUAGGUGUUGAAAUUAUCAAAUCUGCCAUCACUAAACCAGCUAGAAGAAUCAUCGAAAAUGCUGGUGAGGAAGGUGCUGUCAUUGUUGGUAAAAUCUACGAUCACUCUGACUUCAACGUUGGUUACGACUCUUCCAAGAGCUCUUUCACCGAUAUGAUUGCUGCUGGUAUCAUUGAUCCUUUCAAAGUCGUUAAAAACGGUUUAGUCGAUGCUAGUGGUGUCGCCUCCUUAUUAGCUACCACCGAAUGUGCCAUUGUUGAUGCUCCUGAACCAAAGGGUGCUCCAGCUGCUCCUCCAGCCGGUGGUAUGCCAGGUAUGGGUUUCUAA